AUGGCUGACGUACCACCUCAACUAGACGGGCACAACGACUGGCCUUGGAACAUUCGGGGAUGCCCCCGCGGUCCCGCCCUGACAGGCCAAGAGACCCAUGGCGAGUCACACCUCGAAGCAGUCAAAAAGACCCUGCAACAGAUCGACCUGCUACAUCUCAUGAUACAGAUGUACCCCGCCCACUUCGCCCUCGCCAAGAACGCCGCCGAGGUGUUGGAGGUUUUCAGCAGCGGUCGAAUCGCCUGCAUGAUUGGGGUCGAAGGAUUGCACCAGAUAGGCAACAGUUUUAGUUGCCUGAGGCUCUAUCGUUCUCUCGGUGUCCGAUACGUCACAUUGACGCACAACUGCAGCAACCCCUAUGCCGAUUCAGCUGAACGGGUCCUUGGCCUGAGCCGCGCCCCUGUCAUAUUCUCACACUCCUCCUGCUACUCGCUCUGCCCUCACCUGCGCAAUGUCUCAGACAACGUUCUGGACAGCCUUAAGUUGAACGGCGGCAUCAUCAUGAUUUGCUUCCUGCGGGAGCUGGUAAGCCCUAUCAACGGCGGGGAACCAAGUCUGCAAGAUGUGAUUGACCACAUAAUCUACGCCGGAGAAAGAAUCGGUUACGAUCAUGUGGGCAUAGGCUCAGACUUUGAUGGUAUGCUCAAAGGGCCCGACGGCCUGGACGAGGUGUCUGAUUACCCUCAACUUGUGGCCGGGCUUGUGAGCAGAGGUGUCUCUCCGGACAACAUCAAAAGAGUUAUCGGCCUAAACAUUCUCCGGGUGAUGGAAAAGGUCGACUCUGUGUCGCGCACGAUGAUGCUUGACAAGAGUCAUCUUCCGGAGUGCGACGCAGUAGCCAGUCCCUGGACGGAUGAAGAACGUGGCAUGAUGUAUCAAGAAGGGCUUCGAAGAGCCAGAAGAUAG